CCUUCCAGUGCCUCAAGGUUAGUACAUUGUCAAUGUUGUGCAGGUUCUCUGCUUUAAAAUGUCCAUUGUAAUCACAGUUUUCAGUAGUACUAAUGCAUUCUAUUCACUGCAGCUAGAUGACAUUGUUAUCGAACUAUAGCCUUCCCAAUCUCCCGAGUUUGGGAAAAUCCAGGGAUUUUCCUCAAAGUCGUGUGAAAGUUCGUAUGUUUCCCCAAAUCUGGGAAAUUUUGGGUUUUUUAAUGCAGUUCACCAAAAUUUUCUGUUGUGACUUCCCUGAAACUGACAGAAUUUUAAAUACGGUCGGUAGAUUGGGUCAAUUUAUCAACACUUUCAGUAUUGGAAACAUCGUCAGCAGUUACAUGGAAUAAAAUAUAUUAUCAGUCCUCUCAUGGCUCGAAACCUUCAAGGUCUUCUUCGCCUUGCCGUUGAACAUUCUGAAAAUGCCGCCACAAAACCCAUGGACCCGAAGGAUGCCGAAUGGUUGGAUAAAGCACUAACUGCAUCAACUGUCGACUUGAGUAAACAGCUGACUAACGAUGUCCAAAUGUUAUCAUCCCAUUUGUCAUCGUCAGAGCCCGAUUUAAAUGAAACGAAGAAUAUCAUUGAAGAUUUGUUAACACUGACUGAAGAUUUGGACUUGUCGAACGACUUUUUGAUUGUUGGAGGUCAAGAUGUACUACUCAAACUAUUAUUUUGCGGCCCACCUUCCUUAAGAAUAGAUGGAUUGAAACUAUUAGCGAAUAUCACUCAAAACAAUCCUCGAGCUCAAAGUUUGUACACUGAAAACGGCGUACUGGCUCGACUAAUUAUGCUAUUUGAAGAAGAGACAGACCUGGAAUUUCUGAGACAUCUGUUACUAGCCAUAUCCUGUACCAUACGAGGUUAUGUGCCAGGAAUUAAUGUAUUUGUGGAAUCAAAGGGUGUUGAUCUUGUCCUCAGUGUACUUAUCAGAGAAGUGAAAAUAGGAAAAUCAGAUAAAGCAUAUCGCUUAGUUUCCAAAGGUGCGUUCCUAGUCUACUGUGUUCUGCAGGAACUUGCUUCAAAACAUAUAUCAUCUGAAUCUUCGUCCGUCGUACACAAAGUGAUAGAUCUAUUAUAUCUCCUAGACGAUCCACAGGAGCACCUACUGGCUGCUUUAUCACUUCUCCUCCGUCCAUUAAAUAGUCACUCAAGUUAUACUACAAAUAUACAGUCCGAAGAAUCGUACAAAUCAUUUCCUAAUUGGCUACAACGGCACUUAAACGAGCUUCGCAAAAUGAAUGACCCAGCUGAUGAAGAACGUCGCGACUAUAUAGAUUGUUUGCUAAAGGUUUUAUCUUGAACAAAAUUUGUUUCUACAUCGUUAGGAUUUCCUAACAAUGUAACUGUGGCAGGAUUAUAAAUUUCUUUGUUAAAUACUUACAACCUUUAUUGAUGGUACAAAUAGUCUGGUUGGUUUUGCGUCAUUUGUUAAAGAGUUAUCCGAAACGAGUAUGAGCAGUGUCGCCUGCCCACUACUUGACUGCUGAAUUACUAGGCCAUUUAGGAUAUAUAUACAAUGCAACAAGAAACUGCUAUAAAAUAUUUUUCGCAUCACUCUCGCUACCAAAUUGGAUUUAAGUUCUAUAGCCUCGAUAUAACAACAGAUUCUAUUAGUUAAUGGCUGCUAACCCUGGAACAUUGUUAAUGUACGUCCAUAACCAAAGGUUUCUGGUUGACUUUGAUUUAAUAAAGCAACAUAUACACGUUACUAAAAGCCAUCCGUUUCAUCACUUUACCUCAGUUUUCGAAACUUUUCUGUUUGUAUUUGCAAGUACUUUCUUAGAUAAGCAACAGCUUUGUCGAUAGCUGUCCAAUUACUUUACUACAUAAUAAGUGCCAUGACCAUUGUUAUUAGAAGUUUCUCCUAAGGUCCCAAAUAAGGAGCUAUGAACCAUUUACUCCUAUAAUCGUGAAGCUACUAAGUUGGGGCUAAAUUAUACCUAUAUAGGCGCGCUAUUUAAAAAGGACAGUGGUAUUUUUCCUCGCUGAGUAAAUUUCAUUGUUUUGAUCGUUUAUUACGUAUCAAGACUACUGUUUUCACUUUAAUUGAAUUUAUUUCAGUUAAAGUAUUCUACUAGAGUAUCGUUUUUACUGUUCUAUCAAUUAGCUUUGUCGUUGGUACUCUUGAGUACCUCUUUUUCAACUGUAUCUGUUAGUACUUUUGGUCCUAGCAAUCUACAGCUCUUCACUUUUUGGUCAUUGAUAAUUUUUUGUUUCUGAGUAUCAUCGCAUUUUGAAAAAGAACCCC